UGGUAUAUAUACUCACAUUCCUGGACCUUCUCACUCGCUACUCACUACAACUCAAACUCAAAACUCACCGCUCAAAACUUAGGCGUUGAUAAAACCACCGUGCCGGUGACCGAAACAGACACCCAUAACAAUGGUGGCGACGAACGUGAAAUCGGAGACGAUGGCUCUGAUGGACAAGAGGGGCGCCUUGGAGGCCGAGAUGAACGCCAUCAUCGACCGCCUCUGCCAGCCUGGCGGCCCCGGCCUCUCCGGCAAUCUCGUCGAUUCAGAGGGUUUUCCUCGCUCUGAUAUUGAUAUUCCAGUUGUGCGAGCUGAAAGGCAUCGUCUUUCUGAGCUGCGGAAUGAUCACAAGGUGACAACAGAGAAAAUAGAUCAGAAUAUACAAAUUCUGCAUUCAUCAAGGCUCGCUUCUAGAUCAUCACCCCCAAAAGAGUCAGUGCAAGGUAAUCUUGAGGGGUCAAACAACCAAAACUCUCCAGUUGUGAGUGAUGUUCCAUCUGCAUCCUCACACAAUGUUGUUCUGAGGGAUUCUUCAAGUGAUAUGGAUGUUGAUGUGAUGGCCAGUAUUCCCUUCGCAAUGGUUGAUGAAAUAGCGGAUGCAUCACCAGCAGCAGAGGAUGGUUUACAACUUGGAGAUCAGAUUGUCAAAUUUGGAAAUGUGGAAGCUGGUGAAAAUUUGCUACAAAGGCUCGCUUCUGAAGCUCAGACAAAUCAAGGUUGUGCAAUACCUGUAGUAAUUAUGAGGCAAGGUGCACCGAUUAACUUAACAGUGACACCCAGAACAUGGCAAGGCAGGGGUCUACUCGGAUGCCAUUUCCGGAUCUUAUAACUUCAAUUCAAUCACAUCGCAUGGAGGUGGAAGUGUAAAGUGGUUGGCUUUAUUUAGUUUUGAAGGACAUUAAAUUAUGUGUUGUAGAAGAUGAAAUAUCAAUAUCAAGUACUCGAUAACUGCCUUACCUAUCCAAAAAGUACUCUACAAUUCCCUUGA